AUGGUCAGGCUGCGCGACGCGCACUUCUUUCGGAAGGUCCCAGUCGACGUCUCGGAGGGGACCGCUGUGGGCGGACUCCUCUCCGUAGCCGCGGUCCUCGUAGCUUGCUGGCUCGUGUCGGAGGAGAUUAGCGCAUACAGCACAGCCAAGCUGACCACGCAGAUGGCACUUGACCACACCGCGAUGCCCUCGCCGCUCGGCCCUGCGGCGUACGAGUCGAUCCGCGUCAACUUCAACAUCUCGAUGCUGCGCAUCCCAUGCCAGUACGCGACACUCUUCGUGUCGGACCACGUCGGCGCGCACAAGUCUGGCGGCGCGCGCAACAUGCACAAGGUGCGGCUCGACCGGGAGGGACGCUCGCUGGGCAUGUACUCUCCGCACCGCUAUGCGGGCUCGUAUCGGCCGGGGCCGUAUCAGCUGGACGACGGCACCGCGCUCGACGAGCAGGGCUUCCAGGCGCUCGCCAAGUCGAAGGCGGGCGUGAUGGUCAACUUCUUCGCGCCGUGGUGCUUCUGGUCGCAGAAGCUCGUGCCGGCGUGGGAGGCGGUCGGGCGGCGGCUGCACGCGCGCGCCUACUCGCAGUCGUUUGCGUUUGUCCGCGUCGACUGCACGUCUGCAAAGGGGCGCGACCUGUGCCGCUCGCACUCCAUCCACGCGUUCCCGACGGUGCGGACCUACCGCGGGAGCGUGCACGCCUUUGAGCCGUACGAGUACGGCCGCGAGGAGAACGUCAUCUGGCUGCACAUGGUCAAGAUCGCGGCCGAGGUGGUGGUGCAGCGGAUGCACGACCCGUCGCCGCUCGACGAGGACGGCUCGCCGCUCGAGAUGUGGGAGGAGGAGGCCGGGCACGAGGGGUGCAACCUGUUUGGCUACGUCGAGGUCUCGCGCGCGCCGGGCACCAUCCACCUCGCGCCGCACUCGAGCCGCCACUCGUUCGACUUUUCGCACGUCAACACGUCGCACCACAUCGACCACCUCUCCUUCGGCCUCGAGCUCGGCGCCAUCGAGCGGCGCGGGCUGCCGCCCGACGUGCGCAAGCACCUGCUCUCGCUCGACGGGCGCGCCUUCACCGCCGCGACGGCGCACCUCACGCAGGAGCACCACGUCAACAUCGUCCCGACGCGAUACCAGCCCGCCGGCUCCGUCGCGCACGUCGAGACGUACCAGUUCACCGCCACCUCCCACGCGCGCACCAAGGACACGCUGCCUUCGCUGCUCAUCUCGUACGACGUCUCGCCCAUCCAGGUCAACAUCGCCGAGAGGCGCCAGCCCACCUCGGAGCUCGUCCUCUCCUUUUGCGCAAUCAUCGGUGGCGUCGUCGCCGUCUUUGGCAUCAUCGACGGCAUGCUGUACACCGGCUCCGCCGUCGUGCGGCAAAAGCUCUCCGCAGGCAAGCUGCACUGAGAAGGCGGCCCGCCGGAGGAAGAGUCGAGCGAGCCGGCCAGGGGCUCGCGCCGGCUCGAGCGAAGGCAGCCGUGCACAGGGCAGCGGACGAUGGAUCGGUGAGCUCUGGGAGAGCGCUGUGACGAAGAUCUUGUUUCCCGA